CGCGUCGAGGACUGCGGCGCUUGGCGUUUCCGGGAGGGGACCUUUGGAAAUAGGUGAAAUGGCGGAGAGUGGGGCGCUGGUGUGGGUUCGAGGCCCCGGCCUCGGUUACAAGGCGGUGCCGUGUGCCCCGAGCCCCUGUUCCGUACGAGAUUUUGUCCACCAGUACUGCCGAGAUCAGGAUAUCCCGGUGGAAUGUUUCUUUGUGAAAUGCAACGGAGCCCUCGUUAGUGCCGAUGCCAUGGUGCGGCAUGGAGCCCUGUACAGUUUGGAGCCGCGGCUUCUUGGUGGGAAAGGAGGUUUUGGAUCUAUGCUCCGAGCACUUGGUGCUCAGAUUGAGAAGACAACAAAUCGAGAAGCUUGCCGGGAUCUCAGUGGAAGGAGACUGCGAGAUGUCAAUCAUGAGAAAGCCAUGGCCGAGUGGGUAAAGCAGCAGGCGGAGCGGGAGGCUGAGAAGGAGCAGAAGCGCCUGGAGCGACUGCAGCGGAAACUCGUGGAGCCCCGACACUGCUUCACCAGCCCUGACUACCAGCAGCAGUGCCACGAGAUGGCCGAGCGCCUGGAGGAUUCCGUCCUCAAAGGUAUGCAGGCUGCAUCCAGCAAAAUGGUGUCAGCAGAACUCAGUGAGAAGCGGAAGCGGCCCUACAAAUCCCAGACAGACAGAGGCACCCAUGCAGGGAAAAAGAAAUGCUUUUGGUCGGGCCUGGAAGGCCUGGAGCCAGCCACGGAGUCUAGCUCUGAGAGCUCGGAUGAGGACAGUGAAACAGCAGCCAGCACUUCAGGCAUGCAAUUUCGGCCUCCACCAGAUGGCAGCGGUGCUGCCGAGCCUGCCGCGGAAUUGCCCAGUGCUCCCCAUAGGGUGCCAGCGUUGGCUUGGGACUCUGGCUCACCAGAAACGCUGCGGAGCCCAGCCACUGCCUCGGGGAACAGUCUUGCAGAGGACCCCGGUGCUGAGCUGAGAGAGACAUCCGCCGAGGAGUGUGUGGGCAGCAAGAAGGCUGGAGCAGCCGAGCCAGGCUCGGCAGAGAAGGAGGAUGCCAGUCAGGCGCCCAUGGCCGAGGGAACUGAGGCAGCCCCGAAUCCUGGGAAAGACGCCAAAGAAGUGACUCACGGGACGGGAGCUGCCCGGGCAGCACCCGGAGAUGAUGGGAAGGACGGCCCGGCUGCCAGGCUGGAGGAGAGCCAGUCGGGAAGCACAGGUAUUGGUGGUGAAACCAUAGAUUUGCUGGCAUUCAGCUCUGCUGCGGAAAUGGAGUCACUGGGUUUGGAGAAACUCAAGAGUGCACUGCUGGCCCGCGGGCUGAAAUGUGGGGGCACCCUGCAGGAACGGGCAGUCAGACUUUUCUCCGUCAGAGGGCUGGCCAGGGACCAGAUAGACCCCGCUCUGUUUGCCAAGCCUGUGAAAGGAAAGAAGAAGUGAAGCUCUCUGAAGUCUGGCAUGUGUAACCUGCCUUAUGUGCCCUCCCAGCCAUGGUGAUGAGAAAGCCGACUUUUCAAUAAACCAAUUCUAACUCUCCUUUUUUUAUGAUUACAUUUGUAGAAUUCAAGGGUGAAACUAUUUGGGCCCGAUGUUUUCAUUGUGGGAAGGCUUCAUUCCCCGCCCCCCGUGUCAUUUUGUUGUUGUUGUUGUUGAACAUGUCAUUCCCUUAAUAAAAAGUUAUUGAGA